UUCAUGUCCUGGCAAUCUCCAUCAGCCAUGGCUGGGAUCGGAGGAAUGCCCGGAGCCAUGGAUGGUUCGAAUGGUCCACAGGGAACAGAAUACACAUUGCAGGGCGUUAUGCGCUUCCUUCAGACAGAAUGGCAUCGACACGAGCGCGACCGCAAUGCAUGGGAGAUUGAGCGGGCAGAGAUGAAGUCCCGCAUUGGCCGAUUGGAAGGUGAUCUACGCACAAGCAAGCGCCUGCAUGAGUCCCUUGGGAAACAUGUCCGGCUGAUGGAGACCGCGCUGAAGAGGGAAAGGGAGAAGGCCAAGAAGCUUUCCAACAACGAAAAGAUCGACGACCCUAAGGACCCCAAAGAGGCAGCACGUGAAAGUAUCAACUUCCUGAAAGCGCAACGCCCUAAACCGAGCACGGACCAUGAGGAUGAUCAAGAGCCUGACAACGAAAGCCAUCACGAAGGCCACGAUGAGGAGGACAUCGAUAAAGUCAGAGGCUAUUUGUCCAAGGCUUCUCGCGAAAUCGCGUACCAUGUUAUACCCACCUCUCACCCACCUCCUGAUGUGAGCGACCCCGACAUGUCAGGCCAGCUUUAUGGCAAUCAACAGCUAUCGCAACAGAACUUGGAGGAGGCUUACCUUCAGCAACAACGUCAGAAGGCAAAUCACGCCAUGGCGCGCGAAAUGGUGCUACAAAACCACCAACCUAUGUCGAAUCAUUACUCUGAUAAUGCCAUGUCUCGCGCCCAAAACCAAUAUGUUCCUCGGGAUUCCAUGGAUCGACGGUCAACCGAACCGCAGCAAGCUCCCGUUGCGACGAUCGAAAAUCGAACUCAGGUAUACGAACAAGGUACAAUGGAUGAUCGAACCAAGCCGACACAUGAGGCCCAAGGCACUCAGGUGGCUGUCAAAGAGGACACGAACCCACAAAAGCUCGCAGAGCAGAGAACAGAGGAUGUGGAUGGAUGGAACUUUGAUGAGCCGGCGGAGCAAGAACCGGUUAUCACCGAGCCCGUUCCACCUCAUCGUCCCGAUACUGAUGCUUUCCCAAACGCCAACUUUGUGCGCACUGAGUCGACUAAGGGCGGGUCUCUGCCGCACCGAAGGAAGAGUUCGGGAUCAAGGCGCAAGAGCGAUGGUGCAAUUGAUGUGCGGGAGGCGGGCGCGAGCAUUGGGCAACAGCAAGAUUCCAACUUUAAAGUCCGGUUUGCGUUGCGUGGCCACUUGGAUGUGAUCCGGUCUGUCAUCUUCACUGGUGGCGGUAGCCCAUCAGAGCCCGAGAUCUGCACUUGCAGCGAUGAUGGAACUAUAAAGCGAUGGAUCAUCCCAGCUACUUAUGGUGGCUUUGGGGCUCACGGCCCAGGCUCCAGUAAUGAUUUGGAUAUCACAAGUUACUUCACCCAUCGCGGACACGAAGGCGCUGUGACUUCCCUAGCCGCAUGCUCACCAGCUCAAAACAUAUCCAAUGGCGGUCGUGUUUUGGGUGAUGGAUGGGUGUUUUCAGGUGGCCAAGAUGCGAGCGUGCGUGUAUGGGAACGUGGGCGAGUUGAUCCCAAGGCUACCUUAGACGGGCAUACAGAUGCAGUUUGGGGACUCUGUGUUCUUCCUGGGACCGUGGGUUCUGUCUUCGGUGACUCAAGCGGCCAUUAUGGUGGAUCGGAUCGAAUUCUACUGGCCUCCGGUGCAGCAGAUGGCCGUAUUUUGAUCUGGGCUGUUAGCGCUCCUCCUCAAGUCUCUUCACCUCCGGCAGGCAAUCGCCGUCAAGGUGGAAGUCGGCGGGCGAACUCGAUAUCCUCCGGUUCCAACUUCCCAUCCUCUCCUCAACCCAGUGUCGCUACAACCACAGCUUUCCACUACAGCCUUGUCCAUCACAUCAGUCGCACGGAUUCUCCUUCUCCUACAUGUAUUAGCCCGUUGUCUCUUGCAGGCGUCAACUUCGUCGUUUCUUACUCGGAUGCUUCUAUACUCGUCUAUGACACGCGAACUGGCGAAGAAAUUGCUGGCAUGGCCAGUCUUGAGACCUACGACGGCACACCCUCCACCGGGGUGAACUCUGUCGUCGCCACAACUAUUGGCUUUGAUGGAACAGCCAAUCUUGAUCCCAAUCGCGCAAUGACUGAGGAAGAAGUGGUUCACGGAGCUACUGGAUCAAGUAGUGUAGAGGGUGUAAUCAUUAGCGGUUACGAAGACCGAUACAUCCGCUUCUUCGAUGCCAACAGUGGCCAAUGUACAUACACAAUGCUCGCUCAUCCCGCUGCGAUAGCCUCGUUGUCGCUGUCUCCGGAUGGGCGUGAGCUCGUCUCGGCCGGCCAUGAUGCAAGCUUGCGCUUUUGGAACCUUGAGAAGCGUAGCUGCACACAGGAGUUGACAAGCCACCGACUGAUGCGUGGCGAAGGAGUCUGUGCUGUGGUAUGGAGUCGUGAUGGCCGCUGGGUUGUCGGCGGUGGCGGAGAUGGCGUGGUCAAGGUCUUCUCCCGAUGA